CAGGGGAUGAACAAUCAGUACGCCCGCCGGGAGGUCUUCUGCCGGAAUACCUGUCACGAGCUCAAACACUUCUGGGAAAGGGAAAUCGGCAAACAGACCUUCUACCGAGAAUCGGAGGAGCGUCGCCUGGGAAGAAGUGCGCUGAGAAAGCUCAGAGAAGAAUGGAAGCAGAGGCUGGAAACCAAGCUGAGGCUGAGGAACAAUCCAGACGAGACUGAAAAGCAGGCAAACGUUGGCCAAGAGCUUCUGGCUUCCUUGACACAAGAGGACACGGAGCACUGA